AACAUGUCUGCUAAAGGUGCCAUGAUCAAGUUAAUAGUAGGAGCAGGUAAAGCUGCUCCUGCACCUCCUGUUGGUCCAGCUUUGGGGUCGAAAGGUGUGAAAGCCAUUGACUUCUGUAAGGAAUUCAAUGCAAGAACUGCCCACUACACUCCAGGUAUUCCAAUUCCUUGUGUGCUCACUGUUAAGCCAGAUAGAUCGUUCACAUUUGAGAUGAAGUCUCCUCCUACAUCCUGGUUGCUCAUGGAAGCAGCUGGAAUCUCCAAGGGAGCUGGAAAGCCGGGCCACGAAGCUGCCGGUGAGGUUUCGUUGAAACAUAUUUAUGAAAUCGCUAAGAUUAAGAAAACCGACGAAAGGCACAAAGACGUCGAUCUCCAGGCUAUUGUAGGCGCCGUUCUUUCCACAGCAGAAGUCAUCGGUGUAUCUGUAGUUCCAUAAACCCACUCAGACAUAGCAUUCGAUUACUACUGUUUCAUUAUUGGUUCUUCUCCUGUAAAUUAGCUGACUAGCUCAGGCCAUCCUCUGUAAAUAAGAUUAAUAGACAAGUUCU